AUGGGAGCAUGGGGCACCGGAACACUUGUUGCUUUCACAGCUAACAUUAUAACAGACGAAAAAUUGGAAUACAACGGUGCAACCUACGAAGGUACGUCUCUUGGUCUUCUCGAAGGCAUGAUAUGCUGGGGCGCCAUGGUGAUAUGCAUCCCGGUGGGUUAUUUGGUGGGCAUAAUCGGAAGAAAGAAAACGUUGCUGUUGACGAUUAUCCCGUUCGACGCUGGAUGGGCUUUGUUGUAUUGGGCAAACAGCACGGGAUUGGGUUUGGGCGCCAGAUUUGUCCUUGGUGUGGCCGGUGGCGCGUUCUACGUUGGUUGUCCCUUGUACACCAUGGAAAUAGCAGAGAUAAAGCUCAGAGGGAUCUUCGGGACCUUCUUCCAGCUAUUUAUUAAUAUUGGAAUACUGUAUGCCCAAGUUAUGGGAUGGAUUUUCCACGAUAAUCUGGGCGGUUAUAUAAUAUCGCUGUGGAUAAUACCGAACGUGUUUUUUAUUGCGUACAUCUUCCAACCCGAGUCCCCAGUUUAUUUAUUAAAGAACGAUAAAACGGAGAAAUGCAGAAAAGUUUUGAAAUAUUUUCGAGGUGAAGAUUAUGAUCCCAGUGCCGAAAUGAAGGCCAUUCAAUCGGACAUCGAUAAGGAAAGGGAUUUAAAGGGAAAGUGCUUGGAGACUCUUAAAACAAAAGCGGCCAAAAAAGCCUUAACAAUUUGCUUCUUCAUGAUGUUCUUCCAGCAAUUUACCGGCAUAAACGUUGUUACAUUUUACACCGGCAACAUCUUCGAGACUGCCAAGCUUCCGAUCUCCGACUACCUACAGGUAGUGAUGGUCGGCGUAAUUAGAGUCAUGAUUACCAUGGUUUCAUCUGCGACCAUAGACAAGGCGGGCAGAAAAGUUCUGUUUUUGAUAUCGACUGUGUUGAUGCUGGUUGGUUUGCUGAGCAUCGGUAUCUUCUUCACCGUUCACGACCGAUUAAGACCAUCAGAAGAUACCAUACGGAUAUUAGCCUGGUUUCCCGUGCUCGGCGCGUGCAUCUUCAACAUAGGCUUCUGCUUGGGCAUGGGUCCCAUCCCGUGGAUAGAAAUCGUGGAAAUAGUGCCGCCGGCGAUAAAAGCACCCAUCGCGGGAGUCGCCGCAGCCGUCAAUUGGUUAUUCGGGUCCAUGGUCAGUUUUGGUUAUCCGAUGGUUAAGGAUGCCAUCGGCACUGACACGACGUUUUAUAUAUUUGUCGGUCCGGGUUUUGAGACCCAAUUUCCGUGCAUUAUCCCCUUGCAGGGUCGUCGAAGUUUCUCCGCUAAAUACCUUGGCGUGCCUGGGAGGAACGGAACUCGCAAGCCACUCCAAGCUAUUAACAAACAGUGUCUUUGGCGGAAAGAAUGGAAAAACAGGAGUAGCGAGUGA